AUGGUCAAUGAAAAGUUCCGCGAGAAUGUCUCCGCAUGGGACUGCUUUCAGUCUCGCGCUGACGUCUUCCCUGCAUUCUUCAAUCGAGUCCUCGCUCUCAAGGGGGAGCAGCAGCAGAUGUCCGUUGAGGGAGAACAAGCUCUGGCGGAGGAUGGAGCACACAAAGAAGCUGCUGCGGAGGGCAACGGAGCAGAGGGGGAGGGAGGAGAACCAAAGGAAGGGGAGGCUGGGGAAGGGGGAGCGGGAGGAGGUGCGGAAGGUGGGAGUGAGAUGAAGAAGCAGGAGAAGAGCAGGUCGGUUGCGGGCGGAGAGGAGGAGUACGAGCUGAGCAUAUACGAGCGUGUGAACUACAUCGUCUUCAUCAUCCACUGCUUCCAGUCGCUGGAGAAUCCACUGGUGCGGGCGUGUGUGCUGCCGCUGGUGUCGCUCCCCUUGUGGCAUGCGCUCUCACCGGCCCGCAGGGAGCGCGAGCUGCACCCCCACGCGCACCUGCUCGCCCUCUGGGCCCGCCUGCUCAAGCGCGACGCCAAGAACCGCGCUGCCAGGCUGGCAGCUGUGGCUGAGGGUGGGGAGAAGCGGGCCGAGGCGGAGGCGGCUGAGAGGAAGGAGAGGCGCGGGGUUCGAUUCCUGCCUGGUCUGAUUCUGGAGUUCUUUGCUGUGUUGGACGAGGUGGUGGAGAAGGGCGCUGACUACGAGGACAACCAGAGCGAGUCCGCCGGGGUGCUGUUGGAGAGGGCAGUGGACCAGCCGCGGCUGCUCUUCUGCGAGCGCUUCCUGGAACUGCUGAUUGACCUGCUCAGCCAGCUGCCCACACGCAGGUUCUUUCGUCCUGUAGUGGAUGACAUGGCAGUCGCCGCCCGGUGCCGCCUGAGCCGCCUGUACCGGCACCCGCGCGGCCGUCUUUUUGUGCAGCUGGUGGAUCUGCUGCGAUUCUACGCUGGAUUCCAAAUGGACGACCACGCCGGGCGGCAACUGGAUGAGGAGGAGGUGGACAGGGAGCACUGCGCUCGCGUGUCAGCCCUUCAGUUGUUCUUGUUCAACAAAGUGCCAGAGCUACGUGACAUCGCGCUGACCAACGUGGGCAGCAUUGAGCAUGCUGACGGUGUGCGCAAGUGGAUGGGGCGACUUACAGACGAGCAGCUGGCAGAGCUGGUGCUCAACAAGCUGAAGCUGCUGUCUCGAGCAGGCCUGCCGUACCGCCCGCCACGCCACCUCCUCUCAUCCGCUCGCUGCCCCAAAGCCCCCACACGAAUGGCAGUGGAGGAGGGUUCAGAGGAGCAGCAGCAGCAGGACCAGCAGGAGCAGCAGGAGGAGGAAGAGGCAGAGCAGCAGGAGUACUGGGCGCAGCAGCGGGCAGUGCUCUUCCACCGCCUCCGCCCAUUCCUAGAGGAAGUAGUCGUCUCUUUCUUCGAAAAAAAACGCUCCCAGCGAGCAGCACUCAACGCACUGCCGCUCUACCCCAACGAGGACGUCAUGUGGGACGAGAGCCUCAUCCCCAGCGUGAACUACACCGGAGAAGGCUGCCUCGCUCUGCCGAAACUCAACCUGCAGUUCCUCACGCUGCACGAUUACCUGCUUAGGAAUUUCAACCUGUUUCGGCUCGAGUCGACGUACGAGAUCCGGGAGGAGGUGCACGACGUGCUGAAGCGGAUGGGCGCGAAGGGGAGUAUGUACAGCAGCGUGGAUAGAGAUACGGAGUUCACUGGGUGGGCCAGGAUGGCGAUUCAGAUCUCUUCUUUCCGGAUUGUGGAGGUUAAGGCGCCGCUGCUAGGCGAGGUGCAGCCCGCGGCGGUUUUAGCGGAAGUGGAGUACUCUAUAGCGGGGUAUAAGGCGGCGAUGAGGAGCGAGUGGGAGGAGAUUAAGGAGCAUGACGUGCUGUUCUUGCUGGGUAUCCACCCGGAUGAGAUCGCGCUGCAAGCUGCAGCUGAUGCGGCCGCGGCACAGGCAGCGGCUCAGGCGAAGCGAGAGGCAGGGGAGGAUGGGGCGGAGGAGGAAGAAGCAGCGGCGGAUGCUGCUGCGGUGGUUUCGUCUCUGUCUGUCCCGCAGAGAUUCGGGUUGAGAUAUGUGCGGGGGUGCGAGGUGAUCGAGUUGCGAGAUGAGGAUAACAAGCUGAUGAAUGACUUCUCUGGGCGGGUGAAGCGAGAGGAGUGGAAACCACCCAAAGGCAACAAGCGCACAGCUCUCGUCGCCCUCGAUCCAGCCCAGUUCCAACUGGACUUAGAGGCCAACGGAGGGACGCUGAGAGGAGCGCAGGAGGAGGUAUACUCGGCUCUCAACGUGGUGAUGAGGAGGAAGCCAAAGGAGAAUAACUUCAAGCCGAUUCUGGAGUCGAUUCGAGAUCUGAUGAACGAGGAGGCGUCGGUGCCGGGUUGGUUGCAUGACCUGUUUUUAGGGUACGAUGACCCGGCGGCCGCCAGCUGGCGGCGCAUGCCUGCUGAGCUGGCGCCGUGGCGGGUGGAGGUGGUGGAUUUUAGGGAUACGUUUGUGGAUGCGGAGCAUUUGAAGGAGUGCUUCCCGGGGUUUAAGGUGCGGUUUGUGGAUGCGGAUGGGUUUGAGAACCCUAACCCGCAGCCUCCGUUCCGCGUGACUAUUUCGAUGCCCAAGCCUCCGCAAGAGGAGGGGCGUGGGGUUGCGAUGGGGGGGAAGAAGGGGCAGGAGAAGGGGAAGGGGAAGGGGAAGGGGAAGGGGAAGAAGGGGGGAAAGGGGAAGAAGAAGGGGAAGGGGAAGGGAGGGGAGGAGGAGAAGGGCGGGGAGAAGCAGGAAGGGGAGCAGAUGGAGGUGGAUGGGGAAACGGCCAAGGGAGAAGAUGGGGGAGACGAGGCUAAAGGAAGCAGCAAGGGGGAGCAGCAAGGGAGGACCAAGGAAGAGGAGGGUGAGGGGGUGGUGAUCGCAGAGUCAGUGCCUCUGCCUGACCCUGGGCCAUACCCUCCAAGGAUACAGAAGAAGAACCACGUCCGCUUCACACCCACACAGGUGGACGCUAUCAUCAGCGGGGUGCAGCCGGGGCUCACUAUGAUAGUGGGCCCCCCGGGCACGGGCAAGACUGACACGGCUGUGCAGAUCCUGCAGGUGCUGUACCACAAUUGCCCAGAGCAGCGCACGCUGGUCAUCACUCAUUCCAACCAGGCCCUCAACGACCUCUUUGAGAAGAUCAUGCAGCGCGAUGUGCCAGCGCGGUACAUGUUGCGGCUGGGCAUGGGCGAGCAGGAGCUGGACACGGAGCAGAAGUUCAGCCGCAUGGGGCGUGUCAACGACAUGCUUGCUAGGAGGCUGGAGCUGCUGGCCGAGGUGGAGCGACUGGCAGUGACACUUGGGCGGCCAUCUGACGUGGCGUACACGUGUGAGAGUGCUGCCUACUUCUGGCUGCUGCACGUGCUCGCCAGGUGGGAGGCCUUUGUUGCCAAGUGUGAGUCGGUCCGCGACGCUGCUCCCUCUGCUGAGCCCACACCUGCUACUCCUGCUGCUGAACCCACGCCUGCUGCCGAAGCCACGCCUGCUCCCCCUGCUGCUGCUACUGCUGAGGAGGGCACUAAGGAUGUUCCAAUGCAGGAUGCCAGUGACGCUGUUCCUGCUCCUGCUCCUGAUGCAGCAGCUGCUGCUGCUCCUUCCAGUGCUGCCGCAGCUGCAGCAGCUGCUGCAGGCAGUGGAGGGGGCAGCAGGGCAGCGAGCAUAGUGAGGGACACCUUUCCCUUCACGGAGUUCUUUCAGGAGGCACCGGGCUUUAAGAUGAUGGGCGCGUCGUACGCGCAGGACAUGCGCAUGGCUGAGAGCUGCUUCGAGUUCCUCAAGGGCAUGUUCCAGGAGCUUGAGGAAUGCCGCGCAUUUGAGCUGUUCAAGACCACGGCAGACCGCUCCAAUUAUCUCAUGGCCCGCCAAGCAAAAGUAGUCGCCAUGACGUGCACGCACGCGGCGCUCAAGCGGCGGGACUUCCUCAACCUGGGGUUCCACUUUGACAACCUGCUAAUGGAGGAGUCGGCUCAAAUCCUCGAGAUCGAAACCUUCAUCCCCAUGCUGCUGCAACGCCCCGACGGCCCCUCCCGCACCGUCAGCGGCUCCAGCAGCACCUCUGCUGCUGCUGCGGGUGGUGCGUCUGCUGGUGGUAGCAGCAAUGGCGCCUUGUCCUACUCACGCCUGAAGCGCUGCAUUCUAAUCGGUGACCACAACCAGCUGCCCCCCGUCGUGAAAAACAUGGCCUUCCAGAAGUACUCCCGCAUGGACCAGAGCCUCUUCACCCGCUUCGUCCGCCUCGGCGUCCCCUACAUAGAGCUCAACGCCCAGGGCCGCGCCCGCCCCUCCAUCGCCCAGCUCUACAACUGGCGAUACCGCGACCUGGGGGAUUUGCCCGUGGUGAAGACAGGAGAGGAGUAUGUGAAGGGGAACGGGGGGUUCGCGUGGGAGUAUCAGUUGGUGGAUGUGGGGGAUUGGAUGGGGAGGGGGGAGAGCGAGCCGAACCCGUGGUUUUACCAGAAUCUGGGCGAGGCUGAGUAUGUGGUGAGCGUGUUUCAGUAUAUGCGGCUGCUGGGGUAUCCGGCUGAGAAGAUCUCCAUUCUGACGACGUACAACGGGCAGAAGCACCUCAUCAGGGAUGUGAUUGAGAGGAGAUGCGCCGGGAACCCCCGCUUCGGCCGUCCCAGCAAGGUGACAACAGUGGAUCGCUUUCAGGGCCAGCAGAACGACUACAUUCUGCUUUCCCUCGUGCGCACGCGCACCGUGGGCCACCUGCGCGACGUGCGGCGCCUCGUCGUCGCCAUGUCCCGCGCCCGCCUCGGCCUCUACUGCUUCUGCCGCCGCUCCCUCUUCGAGCAGUGCUACGAGCUGCAGCCCACCUUCCAGUUGCUGCUGCAGCGCCCGGACAGGCUCGGUCGGAAGAAGCCUUUAUCGGAGCAGUUGGCGGAGCUGCUAACCCCCGCGCCCACCGCGGGCCACGAGGAUCCUGAAGACGCGCAGGGGUUCGGCGCAGAGGCGCGCGCAAUCUUCGGCGGAGACGAGUCGGCGGAGGCGGCGGAAGGAUGGGGCGCGGCGGAAGCCGGGGUUGUGCGGCAGGGGGAGGCUGGCGCAGGGCGGAAGCGCGGGGAGCGCAGGUCCACUGUCAAGGAGAAGGGGCUGAGCUUGCGGGGGAAUUUGGUAAUGGAAGGGCGGGAGUAUGGCGGGAACAAGAGCAGCAGGUCGGCUCUUUUCGGUGGGUGGGCGGAUGACGAUGAUGACGUGGAGGAUGACGUGGAUGAGGGGGGAGAGGAUGAUCAAGAGGGGGAGCAAGGGAGUGAGGAGGAGGAGGAUGAGGAUGGGGAUGAGGAUGAGGAGGGGGGAGAUGUGGAGGAGAGGGGGGACAGCGCAGACGAGGAUCGGAAUAACGGGGAUAACCUUAGCGAGGAUGCCGAGGAGGAGGCUCUAGAAGGGAGCGAGGAAGAGCUCGAGGGCGGCGCGCUUUUGGCGGCGGCGCGCGCCACGAUGGACCUUGGGAUGGACGCGCUCGAUCGAGACUUCGAGGCCGCGCUAAAAGACGAGUUUCGGCCACCUGCUACAGUAGCCGGGAGGGAUCUUAGAGCUGGUAACGAGGACGAUGUUGACGAGGAUGGAGAGCGGGUAGGUCAGCGGAGCGGCGGUGGGGACGGUGAAGGUGGCAGCGCGCCGGUGGCGAUAGCGAAAAGUGCUUUUAAAGGGGCGGUUCGUGACGAGGAUAAGGGCCGCGCGGUAGCCGCGCAACGUGCGCUGUGGGACCGCGCGCUGGAGCUGCGCAUAGCGCUGCAGCGCCCGCUGCAGUCCGCGUGCCGCCUCCCCCACGCGCGCGCGCACGCCACCUUCGCGGCUGUAGCGCCGGACGUGGCGGCGGAGUUCCAGGCUGUAGCGGCCGGCACGCGGACGGCAAUCCGGCAGUUACUGACGUUGCAGGACGAACUGUUCACCCGGAACGCGGCGGUUGACGGCGCGUUCAAAGCCACGCGGGAGGUGCUGGCUGGAGGCGGAAGCGGAAGCGGAGAAGAGGAAGGAGGGGAACGAGAUAGAGAGGGAGACACAAACGGGGGUUUAAGUGGAGGUUUAGGGUUCAACCUGGGUUCUAUAGACAGUGGGAGCAGCGAGGAGGUGUGGGAGCAGAUAUCGAGGAUGUAUGAACGGUUUCGACCCUUCUCCCAGAGCUCCAUAGACAGGUGGAAUCGCAAAACCCUGCUGACGUCAGGGGCCAUGGCGGCGGGUCGCAGCAGCAGCCGGCUGAGGGCGCUCAACCAGAGCGUCUCCCAGCAGGUCGCCUCUGCCCUCCGCGCUCCCGAUCGCCUCAUCCAACGAUCCAGAUUGCCCUGUAAGGCCGUCAGUGUGAUCGGAGCGAAAGCGGAAGCCCUGGCUGCUGGUGCUGCUGGGAAGAAGCGGAAGGGGCCGGAUGGUGUUGGUGCGGGGGAGGAAGGUGGGGAGAGAGCAGUAAAUGGUAUUAUGCAUGGAAAGCCAGAGUUUUACCAGCAGCUUCUGCGGGAGUUCCUCGACUCCUCCCACUUCGAAGAACUCGGCAUAGCGUCCCAGCAGGUGGUGCGGCGGGUGCGGGGCGGCAAGGGCAAGGCGGUGGACAGGCGGGCGUCCAAGGGCCGCAAGGUGCGGUAUGCUCCGAUGCCGGCUCUCGUGAACUUCAUGGCUCCAGAGCCCCUCAUCCCACGUGGAGGAGCUGGGCUUACCGUAGCAGCGGUGAGCAGCAAGGGCAAGGCGGUGGACAGGCGGGCGUCCAAGGGCCGCAAGGUGCGGUAUGCUCCGAUGCCGGCUCUCGUGAACUUCAUGGCCCCGGAACCCGUGCAGCUGCCGCCCGUUGUGGAAAGAUUGUUUGGGAACCUCUUGGGCUAG